ACCCUAAUUGGCCCACUCCGUCGGUUAUACGUAUAUAAUAACCCUGCGUCUAACUUCAGUAGGUUUCCGGCGAGCCGAACGAAGUUGAUCGAAACCGAAGCAGCCAUACCAAAAAUGGUUAAAGGACGACAAGGUGAACGUGUUAGGCUUUACGUCAGGGGUACAGUUCUUGGAUACAAGAGGUCCAAGUCAAAUCAAUACCCAAACACCUCUCUUGUCCAGAUUGAGGGAGUAAACACUAAAGAAGAGGUUUCUUGGUAUGCUGGGAAGCGCAUGGCAUACAUUUACAAGGCUAAAGUAAAGAAGGAUGGUAGCCAUUAUCGUUGCAUUUGGGGUAAGGUUACAAGGCCUCAUGGUAACAGCGGUAUAGUCCGUGCAAAGUUCAAGUCAAAUUUGCCACCAAAAUCAAUGGGAGCUAGGGUUAGAGUAUUCAUGUAUCCAAGCAAUAUAUAAGAUUAUCCUUACCUGUGUCUAGAAGGCAAAUGCAUUAUUGAAGUUAAUUUUUGGUCUUUUUUUUUUUAAUCUCUGAACAGAAUAGUUCCCUUUUUUAGGAUGGUGAAUGAACAUGUAUUAUUCAUCCUUUCUUUUGGUAUGAAUCCUGAUUUCCUAAUAGAUUUUCCCGCUAAUAUUGUUUCGAUUGGUUAAGUUUCUAAAUGAUGUGUUAAGUUUUAGUUUUCUUAUA